AAAAAAAAAAAAAACGGGACAGAAAAAGCAGAGCGGAGCUUAAAAACUCCGGACAAAUCAAAUCACUAUUUACCUCGGAUGCGUCCGGCUGCAGCGGAACAUCAUAGCUGGCUUCGCAUCGGUCGACAGCCGAUUCGAAAAUUUAAAAACAAGAAGAGGGAGAAAUAUCUGUGAGGAUUAACGCAGAGGCGGGGUGGGAAUAAAAUAGGCAGGACUUGACUACCAGCUGCGACUAUCCGGAUUACCCACUCGCUGAAAAGAAAAAAAAAAAAAAGGGAAAACAAGCGACGCUUCGUGGACGUUUGUGCGCCCGGAAAGGAUGAGCUGACCGCCAGGAAAAGCAGUCAAAGCGUUUGUGGUCGAAGUUGCGAGCGGAUGUGGAAACGGACGGCACCGGGCCUGGAAGGAUUUAUUUUAGAUGCUGUCGCGUAAACUUCGCUGUCGGUGCCGUUUGAAAGCGGCGUUGUAGGAACCGGAUUGCACGCUGAAAAACACUCAGUUCUCCGCAGCGACAACCUCCCCUCUACUUAGUUCGUUUCGAGCCCGACAGCAGCUCACUUCACCGGUAUUAAAGCGACCAAAACAAAAGAUCGGUCGCUUGUGCAGAUGCCAACGGCAGACUGCAGGUUGCUCCAUCAUGGCCGGAUCAUGAGGUGUCUGACUUUACUGCUACUUCCAGAAACACUGAAAAAGUCCAAGAAGGUAAACAAGCUGCCGGGCAGGCUGCCGGUAUGUUAUGAGAUCCUGACUCUUUCCCUGUCGAGCAAGAAAAAGCAGCAGCAGAAGGAGAAGAAGAUGGCUGCGGAGUUAUACCCCGCCAACACCAACACCAACAACCUGGCCAACGGCACUACGGUGGCGGACGCCGAGAAGACCAAGGAGGUGCAGGUGUGCCAGGCCAGCUCCAGCGGCAGCGCGGCGACCACCCCGACCACCCAGCAAAACAUCAACAACAACAAUAUAGACCCACCCAGCUGGCAGUGCAGCCACCCGACACUCAGAGAGAGGAACGCCUUGAUGUUUAACAAUGAGCUGAUGGCUGACGUCCACUUCAUUGUUGGGCCCUUGGGGGCAUCACAGAAGGUCCCUGCGCACAAGUAUGUGCUGGCCGUGGGAAGCUCCGUCUUCUGUGCCAUGUUUUACGGCGAUCUGGCGGAGGAGGAGUCUGAGAUCCAUAUCCCAGAUGUGGAACCUGCUGCUUUUCUAAUUCUGCUGAAGUACUUAUACAGUGAUGAGAUUGACCUGGAGGCUGACACGGUGCUGGCCACCCUGUACGCUGCCAAAAAGUACAUUGUCCCUGCACUGGCCAAGGCCUGCGUCACCUUCCUGGAGACAAGCCUAGAGGCCAAGAACGCCUGCGUGCUGCUCUCUCAGAGCCGCCUGUUCGAGGAGCCUGAGCUGACGCAGCGCUGCUGGGAGGUGAUUGACGCUCAGGCCGAGCUCGCGCUGCGCUCAGAGGGCUUCUGUGAGAUCGACCUGCAGACGCUGGACAUAAUCUUGCGGAGGGAGACCCUCAACACCAAGGAAGUGGUGGUGUUUGAGGCUGUAAUGAACUGGGCCACGGCAGAAUGCAAAAGACAGGGUUUAGGGCCCACCAUUCGCAACAAAAGAGAGGUCCUGGGUAAGGCGCUGUUCUUGGUGCGCAUCCCCACCAUGAGCCUGGACGAGUUUGCUAACGGAGCGGCACAGUCUGAUAUCCUGACACUGGAGGAGACGCACAAUGUGUUCCUGUGGUACACUGCGGCUAAAAAGCCCAAACUGGACUUCCCUCUGAAUCCGAGGAAGGGGUUGGCGCCUCAGAGGUGCCACCGCUUCCAAUCCUCGGCUUACCGGAGCAACCAGUGGCGCUACCGCGGUCGGUGUGACAGCAUCCAGUUUGCUGUGGACAAACGGAUCUUUAUUGCCGGUUUGGGGCUGUAUGGGUCGAGUGGCGGCAAAGCUGAGUACAGCGUGAAAAUCGAGCUUAAGAGACAGGGAGUGAUCCUGGCGCAGAACCUGACAAAGUUUGUGUCGGACGGCUCGAGCAGCACGUUUCCGGUGCGGUUUGAGCAUCCUGUUCAGGUGGAGCAAGACGCGUUCUAUACAGUGAGCGCCGUCCUGGACGGGAAUGAACUGAGCUACUUCGGCCAGGAGGGCAUGACAGAGGUGCAGUGUGGGAAGGUCACGUUUCAAUUCCAGUGCUCCUCUGACAGCACCAAUGGGACUGGAGUACAGGGAGGACAGAUCCCCGAGCUUGUGUUCUACGCAUAAGCUGCCCUGGACUGCUGAUGGGAAGCUAGGUCUGCCAUCAGCUCCCAACCUUCAAAGUAAUGUAGCAUCAAAGACACUUGAGUAAUGUCACACUAAAUGGCCUGGUUAGUUCUUUAAGAGACUAUUUUGAAAGCGAAGGAGCUGUUUUAUCUUAUUUAAUUUAAUGUUAUUUUUUUAUUUAAAUGCUGAUUUAACGUUAUUCGCUCAGACGCUUGUGUUUAAGGGCUGCGGCUGCUGUAGGAACAACAUUAAUACAGUGACCUGUGGUUAAGUAAUCAAGCUGAGCUCCAUAACUGGAACAAGUAGGGACUGCUUCAAACUGUGUAAUUGCAAGUCUAUAUACAAUAUUGUUACUAUCGUCCAGGCAGCAAUAUCACACGAGGAGCAAACUUUAUGUAGUGUUUGAUUCUAAUGCAAAAAAAAAGAAGAAAAAAAAAAAGUAGAAAUCUUGUCAAAAGCAGAGUUGUUUUGCACUUCAGAGUACAGCCUCAGAAACGUCGUGUCUUUUGUAAAAUACAAUUUAUCUGCUAACAGCUUGAUGCUGUUAAACAAGCAAAUGUGUUCUGUACAAGAAUGCUUAUACACCUGAUGAAAUAUAAAGGUUAUAAUGUGAUAAAGCCACAGAUGUCACAUCU